CGUAUACACACAUACACACAUACACUCGUCAAUACGUGUGCUUGAUGAUAUAUAUAUAAGAGACUGUCCCGGGUAGCUCAGUUGUCACCCUGUAUACCCGACGAGAACUACUUGCCUCCUGCCUCUCUCUCUCUCUCUCUCUGGGUCUUCCUCUCUCUCCAUCUCCAUCCUUCAUCUCCAUCAGUUUUCUUUCGGUCCGCUGCCGCAUCUGAAGAAACCAUGGCAUCAGGUUUAGCAGGAAAAUGGAUUCUGGAAAGCAGCGAAAAGUUCGACGAAUACAUGACCGUCCUCGGGGUCAACAUAAUAACCCGCACAAUGGCCAAGGCAGCUGUCCCCACCCAAGAAAUAAGGGUCAACGGGGAUGAGUGGUACAUCAAGACAUCGACAACGUUUAAAACGACGGAGAUCACUUUCAAAAUCGGGGAAGAAUUUGAGGAGACAACGGCCGAUGGGAGGAAAGUGAAGACGACCUGCACAAUUGAUGGCAAUACCCUGAUCCAAGACCAGAAAGGGACAUUCGACAGCGUACUAAAGAGGGAACUGAAAGAUGGCAAAAUGGUGAUGGUCCUAACCGUGCAAGAUGUAGUAUGCACAAGAGUCUACAAACCUACCGAAUAAAAAUGUGCCACCCUGUACACACCCUGGGUGGCAUGAGGUGGAGCUGAACAAUUGUUUUUUUUAUACAGAAUUUUGGAGAAAUUUUUUUUUUACUCGUUUUUUUUCCUUUUUAUACCAAAUGCUUCCCAACCUCCCGUGUCCCCUUCCCCUUUGUUGCUGAAGUUAUUUAACCAACGAAUUACCCAUACAUCUGACGGGGCCACCCUCAUCUGAAGGGGAAAAGGGGACAACGUUUUUAAUAAAUUUUUAGAAUUUA